AUGUCACAACCCGACGUCCAUAUGACCCCUAUUAGUCCUAGACUGAAGCUAGCGCGACCAGUAGCUAGAGUUCUAUCCGAUUUAACUGAAAGGAAAGAUCGUAACGUGCGACACAAGAUAAUUGGAGUCAAGAGAAGCCCAGCUACGGUCAACAUUUCAACACCUGGCAGAAUAACACCAGCAGCUAAGCAUUUGGAAAAGCACAUCGCUCAAAGCUGCAGGCCAUCCCUAGAUGGAUGCAUAUCGACUAUCAAAGCAGAGUUUCAGAGUCUAUUGGCAGGGCAUGUUGACAGAUGCCAGCAGAAUAGCGACGACAUGAAGCACCGCAUCAACGACCUGAGAAGUCUAGUUGAAGAGCAGGCAGCAGUUGUUACAAGCCCUCAGGAGCGGAAUGCUGUGUUGCGACAGGAGCUUGGCGCCACGGUAGGUGAGCGCAGGCUCACGGUGCAACGCUUAAAGGAGUUAAAUGAGCGCAUUGAAGCCCUCGAGACCGAGCGAAGCUCGUCGCGACGUGAGCCAAUCAUUACGUGA